AAAGCUCAGAGAAGAGGCCAGUAGAUCUGGGCUUUGUCCAGGGGUCUCUGGGUUUAAAGCUGUCUACCAGCACUUGAGCUCAUUUUCCCUGUGACUGGCCUGGGUGCAGCUUCUUGCUCUGCCCAAGCUGUUAAACCCCUCAGGCUUUCCUUUUGGGAAUUAUUCUAGUGGCGUGACAGAGACAACCCUACCCUGCUGCCAGAAUGGAAGCUAUCAAGAAAAAGAUGCAGAUGUUGAAGUUAGACAAGGAGAAUGCCAUUGACAGAGCAGAACAGGCUGAAACAGAUAAGAAGGCAGCUGAGGACAAAUGCAAACAGGUAGAGGAUGAGCUGAUGGCUCUGCAGAAGAAGCUGAAAGGAACUGAAGAUGAACUGGAUAAGUACUCCGAGGCGCUCAAAGAUGCCCAGGAAAAACUAGAGCAGGCUGAGAAGAAGGCCACUGAUGCUGAAGGGGAGGUGGCAGCUCUGAACAGGCGUAUCCAGCUCGUGGAAGAGGAGCUGGAUCGUGCCCAGGAGCGGCUGGCCACAGCCUUGCAGAAACUGGAGGAGGCCGAGAAGGCAGCAGAUGAGAGCGAGCGAGGAAUGAAGGUUAUUGAGAACAGAGCAAUGAAAGAUGAAGAGAAAAUGGAAAUCCAGGAAAUGCAGCUGAAGGAGGCCAAGCACAUUGCUGAAGAGGCUGACCGCAAAUACGAAGAGGUUGCCCGUAAACUGGUUAUUUUGGAGGGUGAACUGGAAAGAGCUGAAGAGCGUGCAGAGGUGUCUGAAGUUAAGUGUAGUGACCUUGAAGAGGAGUUAAAGAAUGUCACCAACAACCUGAAGUCUUUGGAAGCUCAAUCUGAAAAGUACUCGGAAAAAGAAGAUAAAUACGAAGAAGAAAUCAAGAUUCUCUCUGACAAGCUUAAAGAAGCUGAAACUCGUGCUGAAUUUGCAGAGAGAACUGUUGCCAAACUGGAAAAGUCUAUUGAUGACCUGGAAGACGAGCUCUACGCUCAGAAGCUGAAGUACAAAGCCAUCAGCGAGGAGCUUGACCAUGCUCUCAACGACAUGACUUCUCUGUGACCUUCACCGGGGCCGGGCCGCUCUGCUCCCCACGUCUCUCAUGCUUUCCUUGCCUGUAAAACCUGUCCCUUCUGUGCAGCAGCCACAGGCGCCCCUUCUGCCUCCUCUGUAAGAACCGAGCUCAAUAAAACCGAGAUACCUCGA